AUGAGAGUCCCUAGCAACGCCAUAGGUGCCGUCCAAUCUCAUACGCAUGUCAGUAUGGAGCCGUGCCAUUCAGGAUCAAACGGAACAAGUGAAAUCAUCAAUUCUGUUGCACCACGGUUAAUCAGAUUUCAUAUCGUUAGACACUCAUGUUUAAGUUAUCGGAGUCACGUUUGUGACGCUCGAAUGUUGAUAAUAGCUGCUGGUGUAAAAGAAAAAAUUAUCAUGCAGAGUCGAGAAUCGUUUGUUUAUUUAAUGUCAACAAAUCUUGCUCACGGAUCGAAGGAAUUUGGUGUUUCCUGUCUGUCGUUAUGCAUGGAUUGGGCAUAUAGAAUGGAUAAACAUGCUAAUAGCAUACAUACACGGAGAAAUGUCGGGAAAGCUUCCGGGUAG